AUGUCUAAAAGGCCAUUCCUUGAACAAGUGAGGUCUUCGUUUCUACGUUCCAGAUCUUUGAACGCAAGACCAUCGUUGCAACCCAAUCGAGUGAUCUCUGAAAUUCAAAAUCGUCUAGAAAGAGAGUUGUCAUCUAAAAAAGAGCAAGCUCUGGCCACAUUUACAAGUCUUGCUCUCCAAACUGAACUUCCUGGUUCUUCACUUUCAAAUUCAGAAGCAAGUUCAGACCAAGAAGAAGAAAUGAUGGCUGCCAAUGAGUUCAUGGGAGACCUUGAUAUCCCAACAAUUCCAACAUCCCCUUCAAGCAUACUACCCAAUGUAGCUCGAAACUAUGAACUUAAAUCUUCUCAUCUUAAUAUGUUACCUUCCUUUUAUGGUUUACCUAAUGAAGAUCCAUUGACUCAUAUAAAGGAUAUUUUUAAUGUUGUGAGUUCUUUUCCCUUGACAGGUGUGACGGAAGAUCAACUUCGAAUGAGAGUGUUUCCUUACACUUUGAAGGAUAAGGCGAAAUAUUGGUUGAAUUCUUUGAAACCUGGUUCACUCACUACAUGGGCUGCCAUUCAAAAGAAGUUUUUAGAGAAAUACUUCUCCACCCAAAAGACUGACAUGCUCAGGGACAAGAUCUUGUUAUUUGCACAGCAAGAUUCUAAUGAAGAUCCAUUGACUCAUAUAAAGGAUAUUUUUAAUGUUGUGAGUUCUUUUCCCUUGACAGGUGUGACGGAAGAUCAACUUCGAAUGAGAGUGUUUUCAUACACUAUGAAGGAUAAGGCGAAAUAUUGGUUGAAUUCUUUGAAGCCUGGUUCACUCACUACAUGGGCUGCCAUUCAAAAGAAGUUCUUAGAGAAAUAUUUUUCCACUCAAAAAACCGACAUGCUUAGGGACAAGAUCUUGUUAUUUGACAGCAAGAUGAUGAGUCGUUUUGUGAAGCGUGGUUCUUAUAAAACCAAGACUCCGGAAGAAACGUAUGAACUCUUUGAGAUUUCAAAAUUCGAACAAAAGCUAGAUGCUCUUCUUGCAUUGAACUCAAGAAACCCUCCGAAGGAAGUGUGCAGUAUUUGUGAAACUCAUGACCAUGCUACCAUAGCUUGUCCACUUGGGGCUGCAUAUCCAAAAUUUGUGCAAGAGCAAGCUAAUGUGGUAAAUUCCUACAACCAAGGUCCAAGAAAUGAUCCAUACUCUCAAAGUUAUAAUCCAGGUUGGAGGAAUCAUCCAAACGUUUCAUGGAGGAAUACUCAGAAUCAAGCCAUUCCCCCUUCAUUCCAAAGGCCACAACAAUCAUCAUCAUCAUUGGAGGAUAUAGUAAAGCAAAUGGCAAUCAAUCAAUCCAAUUUUCAGCAAACUACACAAGCUGCCAUCUCCAAAUUGGAAGUCCAAUUAGGCCAAAUAGCUGCUGAAAUAACGCAAAGAGAACCUGGAAAAUGGCCAAGCCAAACCAUCAUCAAUCCAAAGAACCACGAAGCCAAGGCCAUUCAUGUGCUCAGAUCAGGUAAGAUUGUUGAUAAUAUAGUUGAUUGUAGUCUUUCAAAUGAUGCUGUGGUUGUAGAAAAUGAAGAUGAAGAGGAGGAGACCAUAGCUAUGGAAGGAGAACAGCUCAAAACUUCUCAAUCUGCCCCUAAUGCCAAAUCAAAUUCUCAGGAACCCAACAAAUUCCAAUUGCAUAAAAGAGGUGAUAAAUUUGUGCCACCACAUCUUCAAGAAGAUAGAUACGUGCCACCCGCUCCAUAUGUUCCACCUAUUCCAUUUCCAGGCCGUCUUCAGAAAGCAAAGCAAGAUAAGGCUUUUAAAGAGAUUUAUGAUAUUUUGAGUAAAGUUAAUAUCAAUUUGCCUUUGCUUGAUGUUAUUGAACAGAUUCCUACAUACGGAAAGUUGAUCACGAACUUGAAAACUCACAAGCUCAAUUUUGCUCCAAAUGAAGAAAUAAAGCUCAACAAGAAUGUAAGUGUUGUGUUGCAAAGGAAGCUUCCACCAAAACUAGAAGAUCCUGGCAGCUUUGACAUUCCCAUUAACAUUGGAGACAAGAAGGUUGGAAGAGCCAUGUUGGACUUGGGAGCAAGCAUCAAUCUAAUGCCAUAUUCAGUGUAUCAAAAACUUGGCUUAGAAGGGAUGAAGAAAACUUCAAUGCGACUUGAACUAGCUGAUCAUUCUAUAAAAUAUCCAAAAGGUAUUGUGGAAGAUAUUUUAGUUCAAGUUAAUACACUAAUUCUCCCUGCUGAUUUUGUAGUGAUGGACAUGGAGGACAAUCCAAAUGGAGAUCAUGUUGAUCCCAUUCUCUUAGGCAGGCCAUUCAUGGCCAUUGCAGACACAAUCAUCAAAGUGAAAGAUGGCACUCUUUCCAUGACUGUUUUGGUUGAAACUGUUGAAUUUAAAGUGUUUGAUGCUCUAUCUCAACCUUCUAUCUCUCUUGAUACUUGCUUUUCAAUUGAUGUUGUAGAUCAAGAGGUUUCCUCAAAAAUUUUGCAGGAAAAGUCUAAUGAUGCUCUAGAAGCUGUCCUAACACAAGAAGAGGAAGAUCUUAGUGAGCCGGAGUUCCAAGAAGUGUUGGCUGCCUUAGAAGUGUUUCAACCAUACCCACCAUCCUUUAGGCCACCACUCGAGCCUCUUGGACCAUCAUCCACGAAAUUGGAGCCAUCCAUUAUCAUCCCACCAAGGCUAGAACUUAAACCUCUGCCCAAUCAUCUUAAAUAUACAUAUUUGGGUGCUAACGAAACUCUCCCUGUUAUAAUUGCUGCAGGUCUCACCUCACAUGAAGAAGAGAGCUUAAUUAAGGUUCUAAAAGAGCAUAAAACAGCCCUUGGAUGGACCAUAGCAGACAUCAAAGGAAUUAGUCCAAGCAUGUGCAUGCACCUGAUUUUAAUGGAAGAAGACAGCAAACCAUCUCGUGAUGCCCAAAGGAGGUUAAACCCCAACAUGAAAGAGGUGGUUAGAGCUGAAGUUUUAAAGCUACUCGAUGUAGGAAUCAUCUACCCAAUUUCAGAUUCUAAGUGGGUGAGCCCUGUACAAGUUGUUCCGAAGAAGUCCGGAAUCACCGUUGUGAAGAAUGAGAAGAAUGAGCUAGUUCCUACACGAACCAUCACCGGUUGGAGAGGAAUUGAAGUGGAUAAAGCCAAGAUCGAUCUCGUCUCAAAUCUGCCACCCCCUACCUCUGUUAAAGGAGUUAGAAGCUUUCUGGGUCAUGCUGGAUUCUAUAGAAGGUUCAUAAAAAAUUUCUCAAGUAUUACAAGGCCAUUGUGUAAUCUCCUUGCUAAGGAUGCUAUUUUUGAGUUUAAUGAAGCUUGCAUGGAAGCUUUUACUACCUUGAAAAGGGAGCUAACUUCAGCCCCUAUUAUCAUAGCUCCAGAUUGGUCUUUACCAUUUGAAAUAAUGUGUGAUGCCUCUGACUUUGCUAUUGGUGCAGUUUUAGGUCAAAAGAAGAAUAAGCUCCCCCAUGUGAUUUAUUAUGCUAGCCGGACCUUGUAUGAUGCUCAAAUCAACUACUCCACAACAGAGAAGGAGUUGCUUGCUAUGGUUUUUGCUUUAGAAAAAUUUCGUUCUUACCUUGUUGGUUCUAAAGUAAUUGUUUAUUCUGACCAUGCAGCUCUUAGAUACUUGCUCACUAAGAAGGACUCCAAACCACGCUUGAUUAGAUGGAUUCUCUUGCUGCAAGAAUUCGAUUUGGAGAUUCGAGACAAGAAGGGAUGUGAGAAUGUGGUAGCUGAUCAUUUGAGCAGAAUUGUGGUUGAAGAACAAGGAGAAGCUGUGCUACCCUUGAAUGAGACUUUCCCUGAUGAACAACUAUAUGCUGCCCAAGUCAAAGAGCCAUGGUAUGCUGAUUUUGUUAAUUAUCUUGCUUGUGGUGUUCUUAGAAAUGAUCUAACUUCUCAGGAUAAGAAGAAGUUCUUUUCCAUGGUGAAACAUUAUGUAUGGGAUGAACCUUUCUUAUUCAAGCAUUGCCCGGAUCAACUCAUCAGAAGAUGUGUUCCAGAAGAAGAGCAAGAAAGCAUACUUAGGCAUAGCCACGAAUUGGCUUGUGGAGGUCACUUUGGAGCUAAGAAAACAGCACUUAAAAUUCUGCAAUCUGGUUUCUUUUGGCCCACUCUAUUCAAAGAUGCGUUUAAUUUUUGUGUUAAGUGUGAUAGGUGUCAAAGGAUGGGGAACAUAAGUCGCAGGAACGAAAUGCCAUUGAAUAACAUACUCGUUGUGGAGCUCUUCGAUGUGUGGGGUAUUGAUUUCAUGGGACCAUUCCCAUCUUCUUUUGGUUGUACUUACAUACUUGUUGCUGUUGAUUAUGUGUCUAAAUGGGUGGAAGCCAUAGCCACCAAAACCAAUGAUCAUAAGGUGGUGCUAAAGUUCUUGAAGGAUAAUAUUUUCACAAGGUUUGGUACUCCAAGGGCUGUCAUUAGUGAUGGAGGCAGUCAUUUCUGUAACAAGCCAUUCGAAGCACUCAUGAAGAAGUACAACAUCACCCAUCGAGUCUCUACACCAUAUCAUCCUCAAACGUCUAGUCAAGUGGAAAUAAGCAAUAGAGAAAUUAAACACAUCCUAGAGAAGGUUGUGAACAGUACAAGGAAGGAUUGGGCUGCGAAGCUCAAUGAUGCAUUAUGGGCUUACAGGACUGCAUAUAAGACUCCCAUCGGAAUGAGCCCUUAUCGUCUUGUGUUUGGGAAAGCCUGCCACCUACCAAUGGAGCUUGAACACAAUGCUUUUUGGGCCAUCAAGAAAUUGAAUUUUUAUCUAGACAAGGCAGGACAUGCAAGAAAGUUUCAGCUCAAUGAAUUGGAAGAAAUUAGACAUGAGUCUUAUGAGAAUGCAAAGCUUUACAAAGAACGAACCAAGACUUACCAUGACAGAAACAUUCAACGGAAAGAGUUCUCCAAAGGUAUGUCAGUUCUUUUGUUUAACUCACGCCAGUCGGUGCAUUCCGCGCAUUUAAUGCCUCAAGCACGUCGCGCAGGCCAUCAUUGCUCAGGGCGUCGCGUCGCCUCGUCAAAUGAAACGACGAUCACUGUCAUAACUUCACGUGCUCUGAGUGCGCUCUCCCUCCAAACCAGGGAGCCAAACCUGCUGAGUCGCAUGACUGGGCAAUUUGGCCUGGUCCAGAUGACUUGGCAGUUUGAUGAGGGCGAGAAGAUUUGGGAUGAUGACCUCGACGUGGCCGAAUCUGUGCGGCCGAAUACUCGGAUCACACCCAUGGCCGGAGCGACGGCCUUUAUCAAGGCUGAAGUGAUGGUUUCUACUAUAACCGGAAUGGCGACUGCUUACCACGGCUAG